AGCAUGGCUGCAGUCCUCACUUGGGCCCUCGCCCUCCUCUCAGUGUUUGCAACCACUCAGGCACGGAAGAGCUUCUGGGACUACUUCAGUCAGAACAGCCAGGGCAAGGGCAUGAUGGGUCAGCAGCAGAAGCUGGCCCAAGAAAGCCUGAAAGGUAGCUUCGAGCAAGACCUCUACAAUAUGAACAAUUUCCUAGAAAAGCUGGGACCCUUGAGAGGGCCUGGGAAGGAGCCUCCGCGGCUGGCCCAGGAUCCAGAAGGCAUCCGGAAACAGCUGCAGCAGGAGCUGGGGGAAGUGAGCGCGCGCCUGGAGCCCUACAUGGCCGCGAAGCACCAGCAGGUAGGCUGGAACUUGGAGGGCUUGAGGCAGCAGUUGAAACCCUACACAGAGGAGCUGAUGGAGCAGGUAGGCCUGAGUGUGCAGGAGCUACAAGAACAGCUGCGCCUGGUGGGAGAAGACACCAAGGCCCAGCUCCUGGGGGGCGUGGACGAGGCGCUGAACCUGCUGCAGGAAAUGCAGAGUCGGGUGCUGAGCCAUACAGACCGCGUCAAAGAGCUCUUCCACCCCUAUGCGGAACGCUUGGUCACUGGAAUUGGCCACCACGUGCAGGAGCUGCACCGGAGCGUCGCUCCUCACGCGGCUGCCAGCCCCGCGCGCCUCAGUCGCUGCGUGCAGACCCUGUCCCACAAACUCACACUGAAGGCCAAGGACCUGCACACCAGCAUCCAACGGAACCUGGACCAGCUGCGGGAUGAGCUCAGCGACUUCCUCCGUGUCAGCCCAGACUGGGCCGAAGACGGACACUCCCUGGACCCGCAGGCUGUCUCGGAGGAGGUCCGCCAGAGACUGCAGGCUUUUCGACACGACACCUUCCUGCAGAUCGCUGCCUUCACUCAGGCCAUUGACCAGGAGACAGAGGAAAUCCAGCACCAGCUUGCACCACCCCCACCUAGCCAUGGCGCCUUCGCUCCUGAAUUGCGACACUCGGAUAGUAAUAAGGCCCUGAGCAGACUGCAGAGCCGACUGGACGACCUGUGGGAAGAUAUCGCCUAUGGCCUUCGUGACCAGGGCCAUAGUCAUCUGAGUGACCCCGAGGGUCACUCAGGUUAA